AUGGCUGAACCCCAAAAGUCACGUGUGAUUAAGCUUUACUUGAAUGGUGCAAAACGUUCAAGAACGGUCCAAGAAGACUGCCUACAGACGGAGAUCAUCGCUCAUUAUCGUUACAAGAAAAUGAGAAAAGAUGCUUCUGAAAUUUCUCCGCCAUUGAGAAUGAACAGAACGACUACUGAACAUGAACACCGACCAACAAAGUGCAGAGUGCAGAGUGCAAGAGAAGGAAGGUUGAAGGAAGGAAGAGAUGCUUGGGCUUUCAAACAAGCUCUUGAUGUUAAGGUCUUAGAGUUUAAUGAUAACCCUGAAUCUGUAUCAAAGCCAAUAGGUUUGAAGGAUAUUGAGGUCAAAUUGAACCACUAUCUAUAUUACAAACCUAAGGAAUUUGCAGAUGAUAUGAGGCUUGCAUUUUCUUAUGCAUUGCUAUACCCUUUGAGGAGUGAGAUUCACAUGAUUGCAAGGAGGGUUAGUGAGAAAUUUGAGACCGAUUGGAAAUCUUUAAAGAAAAAGUGGAUUCUUGAGGAAAGAAAAAGAAAGAAAAGUAUGUGCAAAUCUUGA